AUGUCCAAGAGGUGGCAGCCCACAUGGGAACAGCACACAUGGCUGAUGCCUCACUUGACAAAAUACCAAGUGAUGCCAUGUAGCGAAGAAGCUGUGUACUUGAUGCUGAUGCACAGGGAGUGGUUAGAGAAUUGGCCUGAGGAAGAUGUUCUGUGGCCUGAUCAUCCUAUGGAGCAGCAUGCAUUGAGUGAAGAUGAGAAGGCAGAGCUGUGCUUAGCUGAAAAGGAACGCAAAGAAAAAUCCAUCCAAGAGAUGCUCAAGGUUGCACAAGCAACACAAUCACUCACAAAUGGUCAGCGAGUAGCACUUGUGAAAAAAGAAACCAUGGCCCUGUAUGCUGGCAAGUCUGAGGAGAUCAAGGCUAAAGUGAAGGAGUAUAUCCAUGCGCAGAAGCAAGAGCAUGGUAAGGAAAAAGCUGAGCCUUGGAGUGAUGAAGAUCAGCAGCAAAAUCUCAUGAAGCUAGCCACCGUUGCAAAUCAAUUUCUGAAAGGCCUCGCUGAUGCCACCAGCCUAUCCUUCAGCCUUCUCAUUGGGGGUCCAUCCAUUGAGUUAGGUGGGAUGAUUGAUGUCUGGAGCUUCCAUGUUGGGAUGACAAAGCUGGGCAAUAAUUUUAGCCAGGCUUACCCUAAAUUUGAGAGUGAGGUAGUGGGACCAUUUCGUGAUUAUCUGUAUCAUGUGUACUCAGAGGCCACAGCACUCAAAGAUCGGAAGAUGGGAGGAGCUAGCAGCUCCAGUUCAUUGUGGGGAGAGAGCUUAUACAACAAGAAUCGGCCAUCAUAUCGUGCAUCGGAUAUGAUGGAUGAGUUGUCCAAGCAGGAUACAUCUUUGACAAACAUGUUUGGAUCACUGGAUUUAUCCAACUUUCCUUCUUUGUCACAUGACCCAGAUGUAUCCAAGUUUCUGCCUUUGUCAAAUGGCCCUGGGUCUCCCAUAUUGACCUCUCCAGCAUCACAGCCCUCCAGCUCUGACAACAUUCUCUCUGGCAACAAUGAAUCAAACUGGCUGGUGUCCAAUGGCCUCAAUGAUCUCUUAGAAACAUUGGCCCAGAAUCUGCCAAUGUCAACUGUCAACUGCUUGAUGUCACAUGGUCCUCCUUUGCUGCCUUCCAUUCCUGCGGUUCCAGCUGCAGCUGAUACAUUCUAUUUUCCCCCACCACCCAAACUGUUUGAUGGUAUGCCCUCAGCUGACUCACUUCCUAAUCCCCCUCUGCCACACAAACCAUUUGAUGGUACACCCUCAGCCGACUCAGCCCCUAGUGGAUUCACACACCCAACUGCUCACCUCCCUGGAAAUGCAGAAGAGCCCAACAGCAACAGGCCAGACGCACUCCCUGCAUCUUCAAUGGCAGAAGAUUCUACAGAGGACUCGCGUCCCUCACCCAUCCCAUCUCACACUUCCACUUCAGCAAACAUCAUCAAUGAGCCUCGAGUGGAUGAAGCUCAAAACGACAAAGGGAAUGACAGCAGCGGACCCCACAGAACAAGGCGCGCACACAUCCCAUUGACAUGCAACAUCAUUGCCAACUCAAUCAGCAACAAUUGCAGGGAGAAUGUAUCCUUGAACCCAGCUUCAAAAUGCAGCCAUGCCACUGAUUCAUCCACUCAUGCAGGUCAGCAAGCAAAAAGACCAAGGGUGUGA